ACGUGCGUCCGUCGCGCAUCCCCGGGAAGGUGGACACUCCCAAGCCGCGUUGCAUUUAGGCACGCGCAUGUGUGCCCCGACGAGACGAAAUUCGGGUGCGCACACUGCUGAUGGCUUCUCAGAGGCAAGGCUGAUCGGUAUUGGUGCAUUUGGUUCCGUGUAUAAAGGAAUCAUUGGAGAAGGUGAGGACCAAAAGAUUAUUGCAGUGAAAGUGCUGAACAUGAUGAGGAGAGGAGCAAUCAAGAGCUUCAUGGCUGAGUGUGAGGCCCUGAAAAACAUCAGGCAUCGCAAUCUCCUCAAGGUACUGACAGCUUGUUCGGGGAUCGAUAGCAAUGGUAAUGAUUUCAAGGCCCUCGUUUACGAAUUUAUGGUCAAUGAUAAUCUAGAGAAUUGGCUACAUCCAACCCAUCUCGAAGAAAAUGGGGUGACUGAAACAAAGAGGAACCUAAGUCUAUUGCUGAGGCUGAAUAUCGUGAUUGAUAUUGCUUGUUCUUUGGAUUAUCUUCAUCAUCAGUUUGAAUGCCCAAUAGUUCACUGUGAUCUCAAGCCAAGCAACAUUCUUCUCGACGAGCAAAUGGUUGCACAUGUCAGUGAUUUUGGCCUCGCAAGAUUUAUUCCAAGACGCAUCGAUGAACUCUGUACCAAUCAAUCAAGUUCUAUGGGAGUAAGAGGUUCCACAGGUUAUGUUGCACCAGAGUAUGGACUGGGAAGUGAAGUGUCAACAUGGGGCGAUGUCUACAGUUACGGUAUUGUCUUGCUAGAGCUGUUUACUGCGAAGAGGCCAACUGAUGAGAUGUUUGAUGAAAAUCUGAACCUUCACAAUUAUGUGAAGAAAGCUUUGCUUGGUGGAGUUGAAGAAAUUGUAGAUCCAAUCCUUCUCGAGGAAGGACAAGCAGUAGAGCAGAGAGUGAAGACACAUUUUCGAGCCUCAAGUAGCAGUGGAAAUGGCAGAGUCAUCGAGUGUUUGAUCUCGGUAUUUCAAGUCGGAUUAGCUUGCUCCAAUGAACAACCAAAGGAACGAAUGGAUAUCUGUGAUGUAGUGGUUGAGCUGAGCUCAAUCAGAAACAAGCUUGUGCCAAGGAGAGGUCGGACAUGAUUAAGGAGGAGGUUUCUUUGUAGAUGGUCUUUGAUUACUAAAUAGUCGUAAUCUUAUUUUGGUUGAAUUUGUGUGGAGAGAAAUAAGAACUUCAUGGUUCAGGGUCAAUUAUUGUCCUCUUUUUUUUUUUAUGCUAUACAAACAUCAAU